GGGACCAGGCAGGGCUGGGAGGGCGGUAGCAGCCGGCGGGAUGGGUCCUCGCCGCCGGUUUUGCUGAGACUCGCUCGCGUGGGCUGCCAGCGGCGGGCCCGCAGUGGCCGCGGCGGCAUGAAGGGCGCUCUGGGGAGCCCCGUGGCCGCGGCCGCCGCAGGCGCCGCGAUGCAGGAGAGUUUCGGCUGCGUCGUGGCCAACCGCUUCCACCAGCUGCUGGACGACGAGUCGGACCCGUUCGACAUCCUGCGCGAGGCCGAGCACCGGCGCCAGCAGCAGCUGCAGCGCAAGAGGCGCGACGAGGCAGCGGCGGCGGCCGGGGCCGGCAACCGCGGCGGCAGGAGUCCGGCCGGGGCCUCGGGCCACAGACCUGGCGCGGGCGGCGGCCGGAGGGAGUCCCAGAAGGAGCGCAAGAGCCUCCCGGCCCCUGGCGCGCAGCAGCCGGACAGCCCCGGGGGCGGCCCGCUGCCACCCGGUACGCGCGCCCCGCCGGGCACCUGGGCACCCCCGGGCCAGAAGCGAGCUCCUAGAAGAGGGGAGCAGCAGGGAUGGAAUGACAGCCGGGGGACGGAGGUGACACUUGACAGAGCAGAGCGGAGAUCCUACAGGGAAUAUCGACCCUAUGAGAGCGAGAGACAGGCAGACUUUACAUCUGAGAAGUUCACGGAUGAAAAACCCAUUGACAGGUUUGAUCGAGACAGACCACUGAGAGGCCGUGGAGGCCCAAGGGGGGCCAUGCGAAGCCGAGGCAGAGGCGGCCCCGGGAACAGAGCUUUUGAGGGUUUUGACCAGAGAGGGAAACGAGAUUUUGAGAGAGCAAUCAGAACUGAAGACAACAUGGGUGGCUGUGGAAUUCGAACUUGGGGAUCAGGCAAAGAUACCAGUGACGUGGAGCAGACUGCACCAAUGGAAGAGACCACAGCGGUGGAAGAGUCCCCGGGCCCCCUGGAGGAGGAAUCUCCAGCCAAAGUUCCUGAGUUGGAGUUAGAAGAGGAAACUCAAGUUCAAGAGAUGACCCUUGAUGAGUGGAAAAAUCUUCAAGAACAGACAAGACCAAAGCCUGAGUUUAACAUCCGGAAACCUGAGUCCACUGUCCCUUCCAAAGCAGUGGUGAUACACAAGUCCAAAUAUAGAGAUGAUAUGGUAAAGGAUGACUAUGAAGAUGAUGCCCACGUUUUCCGGAAAGCAGCCAAUGACAUCACAUCCCAGCUGGAGAUUAAUUUCGGUAACCUCCCUCGUCCUGGGCGUGGAGCCAGAGGUGGCACACGGGGAGGCCGGGGAAGGAUCAGAAGGGUGGAGAACUACGGACCCAGAGCAGAAGUGGUGACACAAGACGUUGCUCCCAACCCAGAUGACCCUGAGGACUUUCCUGCUCUGGCCUGAGAGAGCCCUAUUUCCCUAGCAAGCUACAACAGCAUUGGCAUACCUAUGAAGAGACUUUUCUUGGUGUGGGGAAGAGUCAGACUCUAAGAACAAUAGAUGUUGCUUUUUCCCGUUUA